GAACCAGCAGCUAUCGUAGAACCAAAAAAGAAAACGCCAAGCCCAGGCGUCCUCUCUCUGCACCUCGCGAGAGCGAAAAAGAAACCUAAUCCCCAAUCCCUCUCCCCUCUCCUCUCCUCUCCUCUCCCCUCGUCCUCGCCGGAUCCGGCGGUUGCGCUACCGAUCGCCGCCUCGGACGGCGAAGAUGUCCCACGGCGACACCAUCCCCCUCCACCCCUCCUCCCAGUCCGACAUAGACGAGAUAGAGAAUCUCAUCAACGUCGGCCCCGCCACCGUCCUCCCCGCCCGCCCCACCAGCCCCCCACGCGCCUCCAUUCCCGUCUCCUCCUCCCUCUUCAUCCCCUCCAACCUCCCCCCUCCUGCCCCUUCGGCGCCGGCAGCCGCCUACCAAAAGGCUCCCACUGCCGUGCCGCCGAGCGUCCCCUCCGCCGAGAGCUCCCGCGGCGGCAUCGCGGCCGACGGCUUCGGGUCGCCGCCCAACACGCUGACGGAGCCCGUCUGGGACACCGUCCGGCGGGAUCUGUCGCGGAUCGUGAGCAAUCUGAAGUUGGUCGUCUUUCCGAACCCCUUCCGGGAGGAUCCGGGCAAGGCGCUCCGGGAUUGGGACCUCUGGGGCCCCUUUUUUUUCAUCGUCUUCCUCGGACUCACCCUUUCUUGGUCGGCGUCUGUGAAGAAGUCUGAAGUGUUUGCUGUUGCAUUUGCGGUACUUGCAGCUGGUGCGAUUAUUCUCACUUUAAAUGUUCUACUUCUGGGUGGGCACAUAAUAUUCUUCCAGAGUCUCAGUCUUCUUGGAUACUGCCUUUUUCCUCUGGAUAUCGGAGCUCUAAUUUGCAUGCUGGAGGACAAUGUCAUAAUCAAGAUAAUUGUAGUGUCGAUAACAUUGGCAUGGAGCUCAUGGGCAGCAUAUCCAUUCAUGAGUGCAGCUGUUAAUCCGAGGCGGAAGGCCUUAGCCCUGUAUCCUGUUUUCCUCAUGUAUAUCUCCGUUGGCUUUUUAAUCAUUGCAAUAGAUUAAGAAAUCAAUGGGUAAUCACUUUGUGAUUUUACAGUUUGGGGUUAUAAACCCCUGUUUCACUGAAUUGCCAAGACAGACAGAAGUAUGGUUACAUAUUUCCCUGUUGCUGGCUUCCUGUGUCUUAUUUUAUACUUUUGAGUUUGUUGUUUAGACUUCAGAGACUUAUACACUACAUUUGGCUUAAAGUUGUAAAAUGUUGGUUGCUGCUGGCUUCAUAUCUUAGAAGGUUCCAUAUUGCAUGGAGCCUAACAUCUGACCGCCAGAUUCAAGACGGCUGUAAAUUUUGACCUAUGAAAUGAGAGUGAAAGGUUUGUUAUCCAAAUUGAAAUGCAAUAAUAUUUUUUCUUUGGAAAA